GUCUGUUGGCGGAAGUUGUCGGCAUCGCUUCUGAUCUCAUAAGUGAAAGAGAGUUCCAGAAGCAUAGUAUCGGAAAGGUGGAAGCAGGUUAUUAGUAGUGAUUGUGAGGUUUCGUAAAAUCAGUUUUACGCAAAAUAUUUCUAGCUGUUUCCUUAAUCGUUUAUAGUAUACGGAUGUUUGAAAUUUAGGGAAUAUGUUGAAUUUAGCAAAGGCUAUUUCCCGAACCCCAUCUCCAAGCUGCGUUCGAGGUGUUUCAGCUUUAGUGAAAAAGGCUUGCUUGAAUCAUUUGACGGAACAUGCUAUUCAGAUUACAUCUAGACGUCAAUAUGCCUCAGAAGCAAUCAAAGGAGCAGUGAUUGGAAUUGACUUGGGGACUACAAAUUCUUGUGUUGCUGUCAUGGAUGGAAAACAAGCAAAGGUGCUUGAAAAUGCAGAAGGUGCAAGGACAACUCCAUCCGUUGUAGCUUUUACAGCUGAUGGGGAGAAACUGGUGGGUAUGCCUGCCAAACGGCAAGCUGUCACAAAUCCAAACAACACGUUCUACGCUACCAAGCGCCUGAUUGGGAGACGCUUUGAUGACCCUGAAGUGCAGAAAGAUUUAAAGAAUGUCCCAUAUAAGAUAGUACGUGCAUCAAAUGGAGAUGCCUGGAUAGAGGCUCAUGGAAAGCUUUACUCCCCUAGCCAGGUUGGGGCCUUUAUUCUGAUAAAGAUGAAAGAGACUUCAGAGAAUUAUUUGGGCCAUAUGGUGAAAAAUGCUGUCGUCACUGUACCAGCUUAUUUUAAUGAUUCUCAGAGACAGGCAACCAAAGAUGCUGGCCAGAUUGCAGGUCUAAAUGUGCUGAGAGUCAUCAAUGAACCUACAGCCGCUGCUUUGGCAUAUGGACUUGAAAAGACUCAGGACAAAGUAAUUGCAGUGUAUGAUCUUGGAGGAGGCACAUUUGAUAUUUCAAUUUUAGAGCUUCAAAAAGGAGUUUUUGAAGUGAAAUCUACCAAUGGGGACACAUUCUUAGGUGGUGAAGAUUUUGAUCAGUAUCUGCUAAGGCAUAUAGUGAAAGAGUUCAAAAGAGAGUCGGGUGUUGAUCUAACAAGAGACAACAUGGCAUUGCAAAGGUUGCGAGAGGCAGCUGAGAAGGCCAAAUGUGAACUUUCUUCUUCUCUGCAGACUGACCUCAACCUACCUUACUUAACAAUGGACAGCUCUGGUCCUAAACACUUGAACAUGAAACUUACCCGUGCCCAGUUCGAGGGUAUUGUAGGAGAUCUAAUUAGAAGGACUGUGGCCCCAUGUCAGAAGGCCAUGCAAGAUGCUAAUGUUUCUAAGAGUGAUAUCGGAGAAGUUUUGCUGGUGGGGGGCAUGACUCGCAUGCCAAAGGUUCAGCAAACAGUACAGGAUCUGUUUGGUAGGGCUCCAAGUAAAUCUGUUAACCCAGAUGAAGCUGUGGCUGUUGGGGCAGCCAUCCAGGGGGGUGUGUUGGCUGGAGAUGUGACAGAUGUGCUCUUGUUGGAUGUCACUCCUCUCUCUUUGGGAAUUGAAACUCUGGGUGGUGUGUUCACCAAACUUAUCAACCGUAAUACAACCAUUCCCACCACAAAAAGCCAGGUGUUUUCUACUGCUGCUGAUGGGCAAACACAAGUGGAAAUUAAAGUUUGCCAAGGUGAGCGUGAAAUGGCAGUGGAUAAUAAGAUCCUAGGACAGUUCACAUUGGUUGGCAUCCCUCCUGCUCCACGUGGUGUUCCACAAAUUGAAGUCACUUUUAAUAUUGAUGCUAAUGGAAUUGUGCAUGUUUCUGCUAAAGACAAAGGCACUGGGCGUGAACAGCAGAUCGUCAUUCAAUCCUCUGGUGGUCUCAGUAAAGAUGACAUUGAGAAUAUGAUUAAGAAUGCUGAAAAGCAUGCAGAGGAGGACAGAAAGAGGAAGGAUCGGGUUGAGGCUGUUAACAUGGCUGAAGGCAUUGUCCAUGAUACGGAGUCAAAGAUGGAGGAGUUUAAGGACCAACUACCAACUGAAGAGUGCAAAAAGCUUCAGGAUGAGAUCACUAAAGUGAGAGAUCUGCUUACACGGAAGGACCUAGAGACUGGAGAAAGCAUCAAACAGGCAGCCACAGGUCUACAGCAAACAUCACUCAAGCUCUUUGAAAUGGCUUAUAAGAAGAUGGCUUCAGAGAGAGAAGGCAGCACUGGCAGUUCAAGUGGAAUGGAGACAGGAGAGGAAAAGGAGGGACAACAAUAAAGCCUUCAAAGUGAGGGCUAUCCAUGGACUAAAGACUGAUAUUGGUCUCCAGUUAUUCUAAUAUUGUGCUUUAUCACAAUACUGAACAUUUGUAUUUACCAUCAUUCUGAAAUUAAUUUCAUACAUGUACUUUUCAAGUUAACUUGAGCGAUUGUUGUUUUUUUUUCACCUAUUUCUCCUGUCUGUAAAAUGCUUUUGUGACCCUCAGUUUAAAUUGUGUAAAUGAAAUGUUUUCUCUGACAUCAUAACUUAUUUUUUGGGUGGGGGUUGUUUUCAUUGUUUAAUUGGUACCAUAGUUAAAUAUCUUUGUGUCUAUUAAAAGUUACUGGUAUGUCCUGA